UUCAGACACUGGAAACAGUGUUGUCUCUCAGAACGCUUUACGUGGACAGUAUCUUGUGCUUUGUAUUCGAGUUGUGGAGCAGACCUUAUAGAACAAGUUCAUAUUUUCUUUGGAUGAUAUCAACAGAUAACAAAUAAUGGAAGCUGAAUUACCUGCCUGGAUUGAUGAACAAUUCCUUUAUUUGGUUCUUCGGGGAAGUGAUUUAAAAAACGGAACAAUAAACAUAAUGGAGUACUCAGUACAACCUGCUGUGGCUCCGGGAAAUAACUUCGCUAGCCAUCUAUACAGAGUCAAAGUACACUACAUCGACAAUAGUUUUGAGAAACACCACAUGUGUCUAAUCGUAAAAGUUCCAAGUACAAAAGGAUUUCUAGGUGAAUUCUUGGAAGUUAUGGAUCUUUUCGGGAAAGAACGAAAAAUCUAUGAUACAAUCCUGCCAAAUUUCAAAGAGACUUUACGAAAAGAGUUGGGCCCAAAAUCCUUGUAUUGUCCACUAAGAAAGGGCUUAGUAUUGCAGGACUUAAAAGAAGAAGGCUACAAAAUGUGCAAUAAGUGGACAAGGCUUGACUUUCACCACUGUGAGUUCGUUGUCAAGACAAUCGCCAAAUACCAUGCUGCUUCAGUAUUAUGCUACAACAUUGACGCAAAGCUUGUAGAUUCUGUUUGUGAAGAAGUUGUGUACCCAGAUGGAGGCCCUUAUGAAAAAGAGCUUAAGGUGUGGGUUGAAUCCGCCUUGGAAAAUAUCGCAAAGAAGCUGGACAUAAUUAAUGACUGCAAGUUGUACGCGGAUUUGAUAUCGGGUAAAAUAGACCAAAUGUGGGAUUCUGCAAAAAGUAUGUGCAAAAGAAAACUAACUGGUUUAAACGUUCUAAAUCAUGGAGAUUUGUGGGCCAAUAAUGUAUUAUUUAAGUAUAAAAGUUUUAAUGAAGUGGAAGACGUAAAAUUUAUAGACUUUCCCAUUGCAAGGUUCACAUCUCCUGUACUUGAUCUGAUGUAUUUCUUAUGGAUGAGUGGCAGUGAACGUGUCCUGAGGGACCAACAAGAGGAGCUGUACAACAUUUACUUACUGAAUUUGAACUACAACCUCCAAAGGUUAGGCUGUGUAGAGAGGAUGACCAGAGAAGAGUUGCUCCAAGAUCUCUGCUCACUUUCUGACUGGGCGCUUCUCUCAAUCUGUCUGUUCAUACCGAAAGUCAUGUCUGAGCCAGAAGAUUACAACAUGGACGUCGAGGUUGGAAAGACUAAGGAGUGCUUUCAAAAACUGCUGAAUGGCAAGAGCUUCACAGAACUGCUGCCUGUUCUAGUUAAGUUAUUCGUGGAUUGGACACAGAAACUUAAAAAGUUUGUUUGAAUUUAAUGUCUCCCUUUAAUUUAUUAAAUUUUUGACAACAAAGUGUGAAUAAUAGUACUUUUACUGUUAAAUUGUUAAGUUUUAAAUAAAUUAUGCAACCAUGGAGAAAAUUUUGGAGAAAA